AUGCCGCCCAUAAGAACCCCAGUGAAAAAUGCUGAUGUUGAUAGUGAUGAAGAUGUCAGUGCGCUCAUUCACUUCCGCGAAAUGGCGCAAGCAAAAGUGCUCCGGAUUGAAUCCAUACUGCAGAAUGCCAGAGUGGAGCAAACCAAGCUCACUCUACCACAAAUAAAAACAUUUGUGAAGAAGUUGGAAGCAGCCUACGCCGAGUUCACUAGCAAUCAUCAGCGAAUCAUUGAAAGUAUUCCUGCAGCCAAAAGAAAGGAACACAGUCAGUGCUAUCUGCAAUUUGAGGAUCUUCACGACAGUUCCAUCGUCAAUCAGCAGCCGGUGAUUGUCCAACAGCCACUCCCACGUGCUAUACCUACAUUCGAUGGAAAAUAUGAGCACUGGAAGAGAUUCAAGAUGAUGUUCCGGGAUGUGGUGGACCAAUCCAACGAAUCCAACCGCAUCAAACUGUAUCAUCUUGAAAAAGCACUCAUCGGAGAUGCUGCAGGUAUAAUAGACGCAAAAACUAUCAGCGAUGGAAACUAUGAACGGGCAUGGCAGCUGCUCGAGGAACGCUUCGAAGAUAAAAGACGCAUAAUUCAUCUACACAUUGGAGGUCUCAUUAACACGAAGAAGUUGUCCAAGGGGAGCUACGAUGAAUUACGAACGCUUGUCGAGUCUUUUGUCAGCCAUGUGGAGAACCUCAAAUUUCUUGGCGAGGAUUUCUCUGGAGUUUCAGAGCAGAUUCUGAUAUACAUACUGGCUAGUGCGCUAGAUGACGAAACUAAGAUGCAUUGGGAGUCCACAAUCAAGCGAGGAAAUAUGCCCAGCUACGACGAAACCAUUGCUUUCCUGAAACACCGUGUCUACGUACUAGAGCGAUGCCAAAACCAACCACAACGCAACGAAUUUUCCAUCAAGCCACAGCAUGUCAAUCCCGUACCACAAACCACCAAGACAUCAUUCCAUAGAGCCUACACAGCUACAACACAGCCAAAACAAGGACCUCGGUGUGACUUCUGUGAGUGCAAUCAUUUUAACUUCAAGUGUCCGUCAUUCAGAAAGUUAUCGAUCAGCCAGCGUUUCACAAUGAAUGUUGCGCCACAGGGAAGUUUUGUAAGUCAACCAACAAGUUCGUCGAUAGCACUCGAAUCAACCCGCAGUGAACGAUUUGGUAAUGAGCCAUCUUCGCACAACCACUCCCAGUUACAGAAAACUCCUAUGCUUCUUACUGCCGUCGUCAAUGUGCGAGAUCGCAAAGGAGGAGUUAUUUCUUGCCGCGCCUUGCUAGACAACGGUUCCACGGUAAAUUUAAUUUCUGAAUCAAUGGCGAACCGUUUAGGUCUGGAAAGAAAAACAGUAUGCAUCCCUAUUACUGGCAUAGGAGAAUCAAAAACGAACGCUAAAGACAUCAUCCUCGCAGAAAUUCGAUCCAGAAUCAGCAAUUUUAGCAUGGAGAUAGAAUGCUUGGUCGUUCCCAAAGUAACUGGAGAGAUUCCCUCAACGAAGAUCGAUAUAUCCAAUUGGCCGAUACCAGUAGGUUUUCAAAUGGCGGAUUCGCUGUUCCAUGCGCCCAACCAUGUUGACAUGCUCAUCGGUGUAUCCAAGUUUUUCCGUUUGCUAAAAUCGGGAUCUUUCCAAAUGGCCGAUGACCUUCCGGAUCUUCGAGAGACCCAUUUCGGAUGGGCUUUCGCUGGAGAUGUAGGAAAUUCCUAUUUGAGACGCCCCACAUCAAAGCUAUCCAUUCUUCCGAUUGAGGAAACCAGUUUCCUAAGCAUGAACAUCCUAAUAAUUCUGGGAAUCCAUCCCAGCCCGGGGGAGUAUGUUCGCGCCUCAGUUCAGCGCUAA